UCCAAACAAAAGACAGCAGAGUGGACUUCAGAAUGGGAGAAAGCUUCCAUGAACAUCUGCGGAGAGACAGCCGGUUCUUGAAAUCGGACCUGCGUCUGGACACAGAGCUGGUGGAUAAACUCAUUCUGCAGCUCAACAGGAUCUACCCACAGGUCCUGACUGACAAGGAGGCCACCAAGUUCAGGGAUUUGGAUGUUCCCACCUGUAUCAGGCUGGCAGAGCUGCUGUCUCAUCUACAGGAGAAAGGCGAGGAGGCAUGUCAGGAGUUUUACCGUGCACUGCAUCUUCACAUGGAGGAGGUUUACUUCAGUUUACCCACACGCCUCCGACACAGAGAGUCUGGAGAUCCAGUCACGAGGCCCACAGACAGAUAUGUCCUGAACAACCGAAGUCCUUUAUUCUUCCUCAGUUGUUUCAGUGUAGCAGUAGGAGUAGCUCUGCUGUAUUACUAUGGUGAGUCCAGGGAGGUGUCAGGCUCAAGCAGUGCUCUGGGUCUGGCUGCGCUUGGUCUUGGUAGAAAGGUGCGAGAGGUUCUAAUCUGGUACACAGAAGAUGGAAAAUAAUGGAAUUUGUUUGUGCCUUUCUGAGAAUUUUGACACUAAGUG